AUGUCAAAUGACUCCUUGGUUACCGGACGAGUGAUAGGAGAAGUGUUAGACCCUUUCCGUACCACCGUUGAUAUGACUGUACUCUAUGAUGGUAGGCCGAUCAUCAAUGGUAUGGAGUUCCGCUCACAGGCAGUGUCGGGCAGGCCGACGGUCGAGAUUGGAGGCGACGAUACUAGCGCGACAUAUACCCUAGUCAUGGUGGAUCCAGAUGCUCCAAACCCUAGCAAUCCGACCUUGAGGGAAUAUCUGCACUGGAUGGUAACCGAUAUCCCGGCAUCAACAGACGACACAUACGGCCGGGAGGUGGUGUGCUACGAGAGCCCGGCGCCGGCGACGGGGAUCCACCGAAUGGUGCUGGUGCUCUUCCGGCAGCUCGGCCGGGGCACGGUGUUCCCGCCGUCCAUGCGCCACAACUUCAACACCCGCAGCUUCGCCCGCUGCUACAACCUCGGCGCGCCCGUCGCCGCCAAGUACUUCAACUUCCAGCGCCAGGCCGGCUCCGGCGGCCGGAAGUUCACCGGGCCCUACACGAGCCGCCGCCAGUAA